AUGCACGGCGGCGCGCUGAGCUCCGUCUCCAAUCGGUUCCCACUCAAGCGCGCCUCCUCCUCUCUGUGUGUGCUCCUUUUCCUUCAAUUUUGGGCUGUGAUCUCCGCCAAUCAACACGCGAAUCGCUUAUUUGAGGAUCUUCUCGCCGAUUACAACAAAUUGGUUCGUCCCGUCGAGAACAACACGGCUAGUGUGACGGUUCGCUUCAAGUUGAAACUCUCACAACUCCUUGACGUGCACGAGAAGAAUCAGAUCAUGACGACGAAUGUCUGGCUACAACAUAGUUGGGAAGACUACAAGUUGCGCUGGGAUCCAAUCGACUAUGGCGGCGUUCAAGUGCUCUAUGUGCCACCGGAUAUGAUUUGGCUGCCCGAUAUCGUCUUGUAUAACAAUGCUGAUGGGAACUAUCAAGUUCAAAUCAUGACCAAAGCAAAGCUCAACUAUAAUGGCACCGUUGAAUGGGCACCACCGGCUAUUUAUAAAAGCAUGUGCCCGAUCAAUGUCGAGUUUUUCCCGUUCGACGAUCAAACGUGCGAGAUGAAAUUUGGUUCUUGGACAUACGGUGGUUUGGAGGUGGAUCUUCAACAUCGAGACGCGAAUGUCACCGAUGUGCCCGUGAAUGCGACGAAUGGAGAGAUCGAGAUCGAGAAAGUCGUCUAUGAUGGAAUCGAUCUCACUGAUUACUACCCGAGUGUUGAAUGGGAUAUCAUGGGAGUGCCGGGGACGAGACACGAGAAAAGAUAUCCUUGCUGCGAAAGUCCAUUCAUCGAUAUCACUUAUGAGAUCAAAUUGAAAAGGAAAACCCUUUUCUACACGGUGAAUCUAAUGAUCCCGUCUGUUGGCAUUAGCUUUCUAACGGCUCUCGUCUUCUAUUUACCGUCAAAUGGUGGAGAGAAAAUCUCACUUUGUAUCUCGAUCCUCAUCUCGUUGACUGUCUUCUUCUUGCUGCUGGUCGAAAUCAUCCCGUCGACCUCUCUCGUGAUUCCACUAAUCGGUCGUUACCUCCUCUUCACAAUGGUGCUCGUCACACUUUCCGUUGUCGUCACCGUCGUGACGCUGAAUGUUUUCUAUCGAUCACCAGCCACUCACACGAUGCCGAAAUGGGUGAAAGUCGUCUUCAUCGAGUUCCUCCCCAAAUACCUCUUCAUGCAACGACCACAGCCGAUUCCCCGACAAAUGAAAAGAAGCAACGGAAUGGCACCUCCAACUGCUCCAAAUCCAGCGAAUCUGAAAAAAGCAUCACAGAUCUCGAAUUUCUCAAUUGGUGGCCAAAAUCAUUACACAAGUGCGAUGUCGGAUCAGAUGGAUUAUUUAACACCAGGCGUACGAAGAAGAGCCAGCUCAAACGAAGGAACAUCUUUCUCAUUACCUAGACAACGUGAGGUAAGCCCAGUGCGGAGUGCGGUCGAGAGUGUCGCCUAUAUCGCUGACUCAUUGAAAAACGAUCAAGAUGAUAAACAGGUGAUCGAAGAUUGGAAAUACGUUUCCGUUGUGCUGGAUCGUGUCUUUCUCAUUCUAUUUGCUUUGGCCUGUACAAUUGGAACCUAUUUGAUCAUCUUCCGACGAGCCGCCGAUUUAGGGAACAAGAGGAUA